AUGAAUUCUGAACCAAAUGUUACAAUUGUCACUAUUGGUGGGUAUGUGGAAGUUGAAAAGUAUAAAUAUGUGUAUUUCUUUACAAUGUUUUUGGUCUAUAUUGUUAUCAUCUGCAGUAAUGGCACUAUUGUAUGUCUCAUUUGGAUGCACCAAAACCUCCAUGAACCAAUGUACAUUUUCAUCGCUGCUUUGCUGUGUAACUCUAUUCUCUUCAGCACUGUCAUCUACCCUAAAAUGUUGAUCGAUGUUCUGUCUGAAAAGCAGGUUAUAACCAUUUCUGCCUGUCUUUUCCAGUGUUUCUUGUACUACGCCUUCAGCUGUUCUGAAUUUGUGUUACUGGCAGUGAUGGCCUAUGAUCGAUAUGUGUCGAUAUGUAAACCUUUGCAAUAUGCAAAUAUAAUGAGAAAAAGUACAGUCAUUUGCCUUUUAAUUUUGGCGUGGCUCAUACCCACUGCUCAGGUAGCAGUUCCCGUUAUUUCAAACAUCGAAACCAAAUUAUGCGACUUAAAUUUUAAAGGAAUAUUUUGUAAUAAUUUGAUUUACAAACUGCACUGUACUAUAUCUAGAGCAAUGUCUAUCUAUGGAGUAGUUGUACUGAUCAAUGUUACAAUCUUGCCCAUGUUUUUCGUGCUGUUCACGUACGCUAAAAUAUUUGUGAUCACUUAUAGAAGCUGUAAAGAAGUGAGGAAGAAGGCAGCAGAGACAUGCUUACCUCACCUGUUCGUUUUGAUCAAUUUUUCCUGUUUGUUGACUUACGAUGUGGUCACAGUGAAGCUAGAAUUUGACAUGCCAAAGACUGUUCGACUGAUCAUGACGUUACAAGUGGUGCUGUAUCACCCGCUGGUCAAUCCCAUCAUAUAUGGGCUCAAAAUGAAGGAAAUCUCCAAGCAUUUAAAAAGACUAUUUACCAAGGAAAAUGUAAAAAUGAUUGAGCAAUAG